UCUCCACAAGUUUGGAGUGCUGGUCACAUGGAGAGGAGUUAUCACGAGUCGCUAUGUUUACAUUCAUUGCUCUAACUCGCCUUUGGAUAGUUCUAGGAAGAGUUCACUUAAUACUCGGAGCCAUACGAAUGUUGAUGAUGGAUGUCCCAAGUCCCACAACCCAGGGAGAAUCCGUGGAGUUAAUAUGCAGCUACGAACUUCUAGACGAAGACAAACUCUACUCAGUCAAGUGGUAUAAAGACGACGUAGAGUUUUACAGAUACGUCCCAAACGAUUGGCCUCCAGGACAGUUUUUACCAAUACAGGGAGUACGCGUAGAUCUCUCUAAAUCCGGUAGUCAAUCAGUGUACUUACGUCACGUGGAUUUAAACAGUGCAGGAUUAUACAGAUGUGAGGUGUCAGCAGAAGCUCCAGAAUUCCAGACGGUCGAAGCUGAAAAAGAAAUGAAAGUGUUUGUUCUUCCAACAGAAGGACCUUCCAUAACUGGCGGUUUAUCCAAAUACAGAAUAGGCGACACAGUCUCUGUAAACUGCACGUCUUCAAAAUCUAAACCAGCAGCUACGCUCAAAUGGUUCAUUAACGACGAAUUAGUGGCCAACCCUGAGAACGAACUAGAACAUUCUACCACCCUUCACGCAGACGGGCUUGAAACGUCCAGCCUGGUUCUUCGAUUCAUCGUCGGAGAACUUCAUUUCCGUGGCGGGAAUAUGAAGUUGAAAUGCACGGCUACUAUAUCACGAGUGUACACUAUGAGCAAUGAAGAACUAGUCUUUGGAACGGGUCUUCGCCAACAGACGUCUGGGCUUCACAUCACAGAGAAUAUGAGCCAUGUCCAAAAUUCUUCGUCAAAACCAAGUUCCGUCCAUUGGAUAUUGAUACUCUUCACCUUCUCCGUGCUACAUUUGACGAUCAAUAUAAUAAUGAAAAAGCCGAGCGGAUGACAAGAGUGAUGCUCAUUAGAAAGUUCGAAUUUUCUCAUCCAAUCUGUGAUACUUCGGUGUUCGGAACAAGACGUUGCCGUGCCUCAUUUGUCAUAGAACGAUGCGACAUUGGGGGACAAUCAGGGCUGCCCGGACUUGUGUUUCCCCCUCGAGAUCUUGGGUCUUCAACAGAAAUCUUGAGUCUUUUGAUUAUGUUUGAAAUUCUAGGGCUAUGGAUGAGGAAAAGAAAAAGGUACAUUUUUGUAAAAGAAAAAGACGCAUUUUUGUGAACUAAAAGAUACAAUUAUUAAAUAUUUUACUGAUAAAACACAAUAUUUUCACUAAAAUAUAGUUUUUAUGUCUAAGCAAUCUAGAAUGCAAGGACAGAAACAAGGGGAAGGUCAUGGGGGUUAUGACUCCAACCUCCCCUAAACCGUCAACAAUAUUAUCUAUCCUUCCAGCUCGUAUGUGAUCACAAUUUAAUAGUUGUAUACAAGAUGGAUAGAUGUCAAAAAUCAUGUAAAUAUACAAUUACACAUUGUGUUCAAAUACUUUAUGAAUAAAAUGUAAGUGAUUGCAGUAUUCAUUUUCAUUCACUUUUUAACAAUAAAUAUUUGAAAGAAUAUUUCCUUUCAUUUUUUACAAAAUUAAUAAAUGAAUUUUAUGCCCUACUGAGCAAGUAAUUUCUGACCAAUACGGUGCUUUUCAUUGACACCCAACCAGGUUUUAAAAUCAAAACUCUAUCUUCUUUCGCAUGACCCCGUCCCCCCCCCCCUAAAAUGUUGGUCUGCAUCCGCCUCCGCUAGAGCAAACAUGCUCAAAAAAUCUGAAAAGUUUGUAAAGGUACAGUAAAAAAAGAACUUGUGGAUAGGAUAUUUCUUUUUUUAUGUAAUAUUAACUUCCAGCCUAUCUUGGAGUUUCUGCAUAAGUGUAUCACUUCAAAACAUUAUUUUAUUUAUUUAUUUUUUUAUUAUUUUUUAUUUAUUUAUUUAUUUUAUCUAUUUUAUUUUCAUUUUUAUUUAUUUAUUUAUUUAUUUAUUUUUUUGCAGUACUUAAUGUUUACAGUUUUUAAUAAAGUGUCCCGAACAAAUAAUUAUUUAGAGAUCAAUUUUAAUACUUGUUAUCAUUUUUCACUUUACCAUUUUUAAGAACAAUAUUUCAUCAACUACUGUAGUGCCAAUUACAAAAAAAAAAAAAAAAAAGAAAAAAAAGUGAAAAAAACUUUUUAUGUACAUGAUCCUAUGGCUUUUUUCCCUCGAUCUUGGGAAUUUUACGAGCUCAGUCUUGGGCUAUUUUCCUCGAGCUUGGGAAUUUCACGAGCGCACUAUUGUUUUUUUUUUUUUUCUCGAUCUUGGGAAUUUUAAGAACUCAAUCUUGGCUCUUUUCUUUUAUCUUGAGAAUUUUAUGAGCUCCAUUUUGGGUUUUGUUCCUCGAUCUUGGGAAUUUCAUGAGCUCAAUCUUGGGGUUUGAAAAACAAAUUCCAAUGGCAGCCCUGAGGACAAUUCGCGACCCCGUACUGCUUUGCUGUUAUUUUAUUGUGUCAACAAGGAAUACAAUUUGGAAGCUUUUGAAUAAAAUGAACUGAUGAAACACUUUCCACUCAUGAACGUUUCAUUUCCAAGUUUUCUUAUCUGUAACGGUAUU